AUGCUUUUAGAAGUGUACAAGCCGCCUUCAAACGAGUAUUAUAUUUUAACUUUUUUGGAAGCAGCAUUCAAUGAGAGUAAGUCAGCCCUCGUAGAAAUACAAAAAACAUUUUGUGUUUGUUUGAAGUUUGUUUCAGCCAGGCAGAAACAGAAAACACUCUCAGAAAUAAGCAAAAAUAGCAUUUGCUGAAAAAAGACGUUCUAGUUUUCACCACUGUGCAAUUAAAUGGUCAUGGUAGAGAUUAUUUACUAAUACAGCAAGUCAGAAUAGUGAAUAUAAUCAAGCUUCAGAACAAUUGCUGCAGAAAAUUCUUCAGUAGUUUUGGUCUUCAAGUAGUAAUGGUUGUUGUUGAAAGUCUUGAAGAGGAAAGUACUAAAGAUCCUGCUACUUGUGAUGCGAGUCAUUUCGACAACAUCAAAGAUCAUGCUGGUUGGGUAGUUAGACGAGCUGGCGAGACAUUAAUGAAGGGAUAUAAUAAAAUACCAACAAAGGAAAGUGUGGCAGAGUCGACUCUUGUCUAUGGAGAUAAAGCUGGGGCAUUGGAAAUAAUAUCUGCCUUGGGGAAAGAUGUUAAACAAGCAGAUGAAAAAUUUUAA